AUGGGCUCAACAUACCUACCAUCGAGGGAAUCUCGGCUUAUGAGCGAAAGUAGAGUUUCAAAAAUCAACAAACUUUAUGAAGAUGUUCAGAGACGAAGGCACAACCAAGUAACUAAUCAUAGCCACCGUGACUCAGUUGUAUCUAAUAACUCUACGAGUGUUGUGACAGUAGAUAUCCCCUCUCCGGACGACUUGACUAUGUCUCAGGAGUUUAUCAACAGAGACAAGUCCAGUGGGUUUUCAGAUAUUACGCUAAAACCACAUACAUUACAUGCAAUUAGAGGUGUAUCGCCAACUAGAAAGUACAGAAAUAACCUACAAAGUCCAAUUAAUUCCGAUAGCGAAAUGAUGCCUGAGGACGACGAGGCUGCAGACUUGACUCCAAGAUUGAGGUCACGCAGAAGCAUAAUACGAUUAUCAGCUGAAAGCACGCCGUAUCGACAUUCAAAUCAGCAAACAGUAUAUGAGAUGACACAAGGUACUAAUAGUUCGGCUAAUGCUUCACGCGUGGGAUAUAGAAAAUAUAAUACGAGAACACAGUUGCGAUCACAAUUAGGUCAACCGGUACCGCUUGGAUAUAUAUCCACAAUGUCAGAACAGCCAGUUAACGAUCAACAGACUUCAAUUAAUGAAAAUAUGGAUCUUGAAUCAAGGCUGAGAAAGAUAAUGCAAAAAGAUAAAGCGACUUUUGAAAGAAGAUUACAACAAAUACGACAACAUUACUAUCAACAUCCGCCUUCAAGUGUCAAUGAAGAUAUGACACAUUCGAUUAUGCAGAAUUCUGUCACCGAUAGAAACUUCGAUACAUCCAGACAAGAAGGAAGCGUUUAUGACAAUUCUGAAUCCGAAAAAAUUAAAAACGAACUCCAUAAAACUGUUGAAAAGUUAGAGGAAGUUCUUUCACUUCUCCACCCUACACCUUCAAAUUAUCAUUUUGAAUUUGUAAUGUGGUCAGGUUGUAUUAUUAUUCUCACAAUUUGUAAUGUCUAUGUGUACUAUUUUCUUUAA